AUGAAAACUGACGGUGCAAAAAAAUAUUUUCCUAGCCCGAAAUUACCCAAAUUAUUAUUAUCAUCAUUAUUAGAAUUAAAAUUACCAAGGACGAUAAAGCGUGUGUCAUCAAUAAUAUUUACUUUAACAGUACUUGCAAAUACAGUUGCCGCAGAGUAUGUUAACGAAACGAUUUCCAGUGAUUUUGUAUCACGAUGUCGCAGAGAUUGUGUUAUCAAGAGGGACGUUGUGGUCUGUGGUAAAUAUCGUGUUGCUAGGUGGUUAAACGACGUGCGUGAGAAGGAUUUCAGCUACGGGCCGAUAAAAUUUAUAAGGAUACCUGCAGUGACAGAAGAGCCAAUUCUGCCAAAAGUUCCAGCAAAGAAGGCUUACAAAUUCGGUGUGACAGAAACGCUGAAUUUUUUGCGUGACACCGCAGAGGAAAUUAUUAAAAGACGUGCUCUAGUUUAUACUUUCCAACCGGCUUUGAGUAGCGGUAGAUCAUUUUCAAACGCACCGAUCGUAUUGGACGAAGAUGAGCUUGUGCAAAUGCAAAAAGGCGGGAAAGAUAACUCACGGCUUUUCCACAAAAAAAAGAAAGCAAUUAUCCUGCCAGUUCUUAUUCUGCUGAAUUUACUGAAAAUAAAAUUAAUUUUGAUACCCAUAUUUUUGGGCGUGCACUUAAUUAAGAAAUUAAUAAUUAUUGGCGGAUUAUUCGUACCUGGAUUUUUAUCCAAACUGAGAAUCUGCAAGGUUCCUCAUCAUGGAUUUACUUUUCCGUUCCAUUGGGGCACUGCUGCUGAAGCUCCGGUUGAUUAUCCUUCUGGAUACGGUAAUGAAGAUCCAGGCUGGUCACAUAGGAACGAUAUUUAUCCAGGAUUACCAGGAUAUCCAGCGCCUUACCAUUAUCCUCCUGCGUAUUAUAGACAGCGAAGACAAAUUUAG